AUGAAACGCCACCAGAGACGAGGGGGCAAUGGUGUUGAUUUGUCUAAUGUUGAGGGUGAAAGUAAUCAAGAAAUUCAGAUGGAAGAUGUGCAAGCCGGUUCUAGUGAAAGAACCGUUGAUGAGACAGAGUUGGGAGAUGAUUUUGGAGAAGGCCAAGCAAAUGUGACAUGCCCCAUGGAGACAGAUGUUGAACAAGUUGAAUCUAUAAAUGCAACCGAAAAUGUUGAGGCUGAAUUGCCUUCGGUUGUUGAGGAGGAGCAAUUUGCCAGUGAACAGUUUGGUGAUGCCAAUCGUGAAGAAUCCAACGUUUCUCCACCGAAAGAACAUGUGCUUGAAAAUCUUGAGCAAAUUCAAGAUGUAGAUGUGGUGGUUUCUGAUCAUCCCGAACGAGAUUUAUCUCCUGCAUCUCAAGCUGAAGGAAAUGCAACUGGAAAUGUUGAGGCUGAAUUGGCUUUGGUUGUUGAGGAGGAGCAAUUUGCCAGUGAACAGUUUGGUGAUGCCAACCGUGAAGAAUCCAACGUUUCUCCACCGAAAGAACAUGUGCUUGAAAAUCUUGAGCAAAUUCAAGAUGUAGAUGUGGUGGUUUCUGAUCAUCUCGAACGAGAUUUAUCUCCUGCAUCUCAAGCUGAAGGAAAUGCAACUGGAAAUGUUGAGGCUGAAUUGGCUUUGUUUUUGAACUUAGCUCUUGCCCCUUCUGGCAUACUUUCACAUUUUAUACGGAAACUCAUGUUACGCCUUCUCCGCAUACUCAUCUCUUUUCGAAAGUUGUUGAGGAAAAACAAUUGGGCGUUGAACGAGUUUGGUGACGCCAAUUGCGAAGAAUCCAUUGUAUCUCCACCAAAAGGAGAUAUGGCUCAAAAUCUUGAGCAAACAACACUUGAAAAUCUUGAGCAUAUAAGACGUGAAACACCUGAAGCUCAAGUUUCUAAUAAGGGUGAUGAACACGAUGUUGUUCCUCAUAUUGGGGUUAUGCCCGAGCCUUUUAAUGCACUUGAGCCAUUGAGGAGCGAACCAGCCAAUGCAGAUCUGCCCGAGCCUAUUAAUACGGUUGAGCCAUUGAGGAGCGAACCAGCCAAUGCAGACCUGCCCGAGCCUAUUAAUACGGUUGAGCCAUUGAGGAGCGAACCAGCCAAUGCAGACCCCGUUCAAGUCAGUACUCCAAGGGAGUCCGCUGUUGUUGAUGGAAAGGGUGAGAACUCUCAAGGAAUGGAGGACAAUUUUCGAUAUGUGUCCUUUGAAGAUAUUGUAAAUGUCGCUUCUUCCGCGGUCAAAGAGAGUACUGUUAGUCAAACCCCUCCUAUUCUUUGA